GGAUAGAUGAGAUCCUGUAUGAUGUAGGACUACUGGCACACGCCAGUAACAUGCAGACUGCACGUAGUCCGUUCACUAACAUAGUUACUGUAACUACGGUGACUGUCAGAGCCUGUGUACCUUUGUAUCGAUCUAACUUAAUAGGAGACUGCUGGAAAAACAAGCAGAAAUGAACACAGUGAGCACAGCUGAGCACUUUCUGGUUUGAGGAUUGGAAACAAAAUGAAGGAACUAACGUCAAACAGUACAACCAAUAUAUCUCAAGCUAGGAAAGCUGUGGAGCAAUUAAAAAUGGAAGCAUACAUGGAUAGGAUGAAGGUAUCCAAGGCUGCAGCAGACUUACUGGCAUACUGUGAUGCUCAUAUUGGAGAAGAUCCCCUUAUUAUCCCAGUGCCUGCAUCUGAAAAUCCCUUCAGGGAGAAGAAACUCUUUUGCACAAUCCUUUGAGUCGGUUUUCAAGUAAAAAUAUUGUAUGUUAAAAUUUGGUAUCAGUGAUGCAUGUUUUUGGAUUUAGCAUAUCUUCCUCAGAUAUCAAUAUUUAACCUAGGAUGACAGUGUUUUUAGAAGGUAGUGCAUUUCCUGUUAAUAAAUACAUAAAAUAAAAAUAAAAAUCUUAAAAAAAAAAUCAAGGUAAUCCUUAUUUUUCAGACCAGUGCAUAAAUUUCAUUUCAGUUUUCAUAAACGUUCCGUGGUUCUUAAUGAAAGUAUCUAGAACAGUAUCGAGUUGUAGAUAUCUUUGGCAGUCAUAGAUUUUUCUGAGACCUAAAUGAGUCAUACCAACUAUGAAGCUAUUUUUAACAAUCUUAUUUUCUUCAGAAGGUGAAUUUAAUUCAUCUGCCUUUACAAAUUUUUAUCUAAAAAGAGUAGUGUGACCUUUCCACGAGAGGCACUAUUAAGGAAAAAAUGCCAGUGAUCUACGAUGUUUGGGACGGUCAGUCUUAUACAAUAAGUGAUGUUUAUAAAUAUGUUUUGUGAAAGCUGUAAUAAACUGGACUACAAAAACAAUCUGAAUAAGGAAGUACUGUAACUACAGGUAAAAUGAAGAUGUAUGGUUAUAUACUACGACUGCAUCAAUAAAACUUUGGGGAAACAUG